CAGGUGUUUUGGAGAACAGCUUGACUCCAAAGCUAGAAGAAGACCCGAAGGCCAGCGAGCACAAUAAACACGGGUUUCUGUUUGCCGACUGGAGAGCGCUUGCUGGCUCGCUCCAGCCCUUGCCCAAUUCUUCACAUUCCUGAUUCCAGGAAGAGUCAGGGAGUUCCUGCAUGCAAUAUUUCACCUCCGGCAGGUUGCGUGGGUGCCCCGGUGGCGUGGCUUGGGGCAGCAGGAAUGCGGCAGCCGCUGCCUGACUGGUUUGGUGGGAGAGGAGGGCAGUGCUGCUUUUCCCAUUGUUACUGAUCCAGGUGUGUUAAUCCGAAGGGCUCCUGUGCCCUGAUCAGCUGGCUUCCAAAGCAGAGCGGGGCCCUGAGAGGCCCAGGGGAAGAGCACAGAGGACUUUCCAGAGAGCGCCUGGCUGGAGACGGCCGCGCAAAGCUCGGCCCAGCACCCAAGUAGCACCACGCGAAGGGAGGAGUCUCCAGCCAGCCGUCGACCGGUUUGUCCUGCGGUGCUCCUGAGCAGUUGGAGCAAAACAGUUGAAAGCCAUCAACGGCUCCAAGGAAGGUGGCUGGCAGUUCUGAUUUAUUUACAAAUCCAUUUAUUAAGUGGCUAGAGGCGAGGAGAGCCCGUGCACGGUGGGAAGAAGGACAGCCCUCCGUCAAGGACUUUGUUCUGAAGCAGCCAGGUCAGGACAGUCUGACACGAAGGAAGACUUUGAACGUACGGCCAGUGUGGACUCUGCUGGGAAGACGAUGCAGCCGUGGGCCGAUCGCCCAGGCCCUGCCGUGGGCUCCUUGUCUGGCAGCGGGGCCGUGGACCACUGCUAGGAGGGUGCCAGCCAUUCAGAGGGAUCUGCCUCCAGGCGCUGAAGUCCUAUUUUAGGGAGCAGAGAAAACUCCUCCGGGAUUGAGAUUGCAGUCAGAAUCAUCAAGUCACCUCUCUCCAUAAGUCAGCUCAGCUCCUGUUCCCGCCUCGAUUGGGAGGCUGAUCAAAAGGGGCCGAGACACAAGCCUGAGUUUGCUGCUUGCCGAGGCCGGGCUGCGGAUUAAAAACUCGCCACCAAAGAAUGAAGGAUUUAUGCUUCGCCGUUUUCCUCAGUCGGAAGUUGCUGCUGCGUUUGGGGGUCUUUUGAACAUGGAGGACAAGGGCUAGCAGCAGCCCUCUGUACUUCAACUGGAGCCCCUCGCCUUGCCUGAGUGGUGGGCAGCGGCCAAAGUAUCUCCCCAGCCUCCCAGGGACCCUUCAGGGCCGCUUCACGAAUCCUUCUUUUUGGGGGUGCCCGUUUUCACCGGCUCUGCCUGGACGAGGAAGGCAAGGCAAGUGCCGUUUCCGUUGUUAAGGUUGGCACCACCUGUCGAGAGAGGCUCACCUGACUGAUUUCAAAACCAGAUUUCUUCCACAUUUGUGAAGAUGCACAGUCAGCAGCCCGGCUGUCGCCGUCUUCUUGCCGAGCGCCUCUGAAGACUUGCCGCUGGUGUCCGAGGGAGAGCUUUCCACCCCCCUCCCGCCCCUUCCCCGGCCUGCCCCAGCCCAUAGUUUCCCAAUGCUUUGAACGGCACGUCGCAGGUGAGCCUCUGCGGUUGGCCAGGCAUGGCGGACCACCUGGAGCUGCUGGCUGAGAUGCCAGCGGUUGCCCGGAUGGGCACCCAGGAACGGCUCAAGCACGCCCAGAAACGCCGCGCCCAGCAGCUGAAGAAGUGGGCACAGUUUGAGAAGGACGGGCAGGGCAAGAAGGUCAAAGGGGAGACGAAGAGGCGGAGGGCCGCCAAGGAGACCAGGGUGGUCUUCCCUGAAAACGUCCAGCUUCUGGAGGCCGCCGGCCGCAACGAUGUGGAGGAAGUUCAGCAGCUCCUUCAGAACGGCCUCAGCCCCGACCUGUGCAACGAGGAUGGACUGACCGCCUUGCACCAGUGCUGCAUCGACGACUACGGGCGGAUCGUGGAGCUGCUGCUGGAAGCCGGGGCCGACGUGAACGCCUGCGACAGCGAGCUCUGGACCCCGCUGCACGCUGCCGCCACCUGCGGACACCUGCCCCUGGUGGGGCUGCUGCUUCAGAGGGGGGCCAACCUGCUGGCCGUCAACUCGGAUGGAAACAUGCCGUACGACCUCUGUGAGGACGAGGCCACGCUGGACUACCUGGAGGCGGCCAUGGCUGAGCGAGAGAUCACUCAGGCCACCAUUGAGGAAGCCCGCUCGGCGGUGGAGCGCAGGCUGGUGAUGGACAUCCGGCGGCUGGUGAGAGAAGGGGCUGAUCUGAACACCCCCCUGGACCACAAGGCCACCCUGCUGCACAUCGCCUCCGCCAACGGCUACCUGGAGGCUGCCGAGCUCCUGAUAGAACACCAGGCCAGCCUGAGCGCCAGGGACCAUGAUGGCUGGCAGCCGCUUCAUGCCGCCGCUUGCUGGGGCCAGAUCCCCUUGGUGGAGCUGCUGGUGGCCCACGGAGCAGAUCUCAACGGGAAGUCGCUCUUGGAGGAGAGCCCGCUGGAUGUGUGUCCGAAUGAAGAAGUGCGGGCCAAACUUCUGGAGCUGAAGCACAAGCAGGAUGCCGUCAUGAAGUCCCACGACAAGCAGAAGUCUCUGCUGCAGCGCCGGACGUCCAGUGCCGGCAGCCGAGGGAAAGUGGUGAGGCGGGUGAGCGUGACCCAGCGCACCAACCUCUACCGCAAGGAACACGCCAAGGAGGCCAUCGUGUGGCAGCGGCGGCAGAGCGAGGGAGAGCCGGAGGACGAGGAUGGACAGGCCGACGGGCAGCUCCGAGUCCAGGACCCCGAAGCGCAAGCAGGGCCCCCCGAGGAGCGCAACGGCAUGGCCCCCCCUCACCCCUUCUACCCCCAGUGGCUGGACCGCGCCUCUUCCAACCAGCCGGCUGCUCAGGAGGACCCGGCGUCCGGCCUCAGCAAGGAGAAGGCCCACCACACCUUAGCGGACCUCAAGCGCCAGCGGGCAGCGGCCAAGCUGCAGCGCCCCUCGACGGAAGAGCUCCCGCCCGGCCCUGACCAGGCCCCUCAGCCCCCCCAGGCGGGACCCAAUGCCGUAUCCGUCACCGCAGCCAGUGGAGACCCUCCCCUCCUCAAACUGACUGCUCCGGCCGAGGAAAGGCCGGCCCAGAAGAGGCGCUGCUGCCGGCUGAUGUGAGCGGAGAGGUCCACUCCUCACGGGCCAGGCCGGCCUCUCUGCUGCUCGGGCCGGUCGAGAGGGCGAGGCUGCGGCCCCGGCCCUCUGCCCUUUGGGGCGGGAUCCUGCCUGCCUUGUGGGAAGAGCCCAGUCCCUGGCCAGCUGGAGCUUUUGGGAUCCAAAUCGGGACAGUGUUCUCCUGCUGCCCGUGUAGGCACACGGAGAUCUCAGGGAGGGCUGAAGGCCCCACUCAACGGAGCAACAGAGUGGGAAGGGACCUUGGGGGUCAUCUAGCCCAACCCCCUGCUCCAGUGCUGCGGACAAACGGCUAGGGGUGCGGCUUGGCCUGGCGUCGCUCUUUCGCUGGGCCCCGAGGCCCAAGCAGGGUGGUGAUGCCCAGGAGGCAUCGGCCCUGGCUGCCAGGCGGAGAGGGCCUGCGGGCCGGUCUGCCUGCGCCCACCCGCCGUUCUCUCCGGCUGUGUUCCAGCUCACUUCCUUCGGCUGGGGGAUGAGCUGAAAGGAGGGCGGCCCAGGCUUGCCCCGUGGCCAGCAAGGACUGGCCCCAGCACCGAGGCAGCUCCGGCUGCAAAAUCCCUGGGGGCAACCGGGUGGCAGCAACGAGCCGCUUUGCUUCCCGUUCUCGGCUCCGUUUGGUGACUGUCCGCCUUGUGUAACCCAAAGUCGGUAGUCCUGAGCUGCGAGUCAGUUGGUGCGGCCUAUCGCACUGGCACCUCCCCAGGCCUCUUCUGCGGCAGGCCAGGGCAAGCCGGAGGGCAGU